AUAGCUGAUUUCCAUUAGGUCUAAAUAAAGACUUGGCAUUAAUAUUUAUAUUUGUUGUACUUUAUGAUUUAAUUUGCAUCUCCACGUUUUAGUGCUGAAUAAAAGAUAUAUAACCGUAUAUUCUAAAUGAAGAAACUUUGGUUCUCUUGGGACGCGAUCAACAUGCGUACGUCUCACCCUAGGCUGUUCCGGACUGGAAUCUAUUGAUCUUGUUUCAGAUACCUCACGGAAUCUUUCCCACUCCUGAAUUUGUUCGAUGAUACCCAAAUGACUGAUAAGAUUAUACGAUCGUGCUCCUUUAAGGCCUAAAAAGAUUCCGGGGUGGAGGCGAUGGACACAGGUUGAAGACACCAUGAGCUCAACGAUUCUUGUAGCGAUCACUUUAGUGGUCUUGUGCGGAAAAUUCGGUUUGGGCAGCGAGGCGUCUUCAUUCAUUUCACCUUUCACGGAGUGUAUUCAAAGCAAAGGCAAGGCAGGUUUUUACCAGGGCUCGAUAGAUGUCACGGAGUCCGGCGGAAAGUGCAUGAAUUGGAGCGAUGUCGCCGGGGUCAAGGACAGGUAUCCCGGGAAAGGGCUAGGAGACCACAAUUUCUGCCGCAAUCCUGACGGAAGGAUCCGACCCUGGUGUUUCUUCAGAAAUGACAGAGGACGGAUAGACUGGGGCUACUGCGAUUGCAAACAAGGGUCGGUGCGUCUGCAGGGCGGGCGCAGCAAGCUGGAGGGCACGGUGGAGGUGUACCUGAACGGCGCGUGGGGCGCGAUCUGCAGCAACAGCUGGGGGGAUGAGGAUGCAGCUGUGGUGUGCCGACAGCUGGGCCAGGGGUACAAGGGGCGAGCGAGGCACAGCCCCCUGUCACGACUGAGCUUCUCGCUGGUUCACUGGAGCGCGGUACACUGCGGGGGACACGAGGACGCCUUGCUGCAGUGUCCCAGGACGGUGUGGAACGGGGGCGACUGUGCCAGCAGGCAUGUCGCCGCCGUCACCUGUGCCCUGCGGGAGGCGGCCAUGUUUGUUCCAGUGCGUUUGGCCGGUGGCAGCUCCGGGCACGAGGGCAGGGUGGAGGUGUACCACGCUGGCCAGUGGGGCACGGUGUGUGACGACCAGUGGGACGAUGCAGACGCAGAAGUGGUCUGUAGACAGCUAGGCCUGGGGGGGACAGCAAAAGCAUGGGGCCAGGCCUAUUUUGGGGAGGGCUCAGGCCGGAUCAUGCUGGACGAGGUGCAGUGCACAGGAAACGAGCUGUCCAUCGAGCAGUGCCCCAAGAGCCCCUGGGGGGAGCACAACUGCGAGCACCGUGAAGAUGCCGGGGUGUCCUGCACCCCCCUUACAGAUGGCUCCUUGCGGUUGGUGGGUGGCUCCGGCAGUUUCGAGGGUCGUUUGGAGGUUCACUAUAAAGGGCAGUGGGGCACAGUGUGUGAUGAUGGCUGGACGGAUUCCAACACGCAAGUCGUCUGCAGACAGCUUGGAUUUAGGUAUGGCGAGGGCGCCUCUCUGCAGGGGUUUGGGGAGGGAUCCGGCCCCAUCCUGCUGGACGACGUGAGCUGCACUGGGAAGGAGCCUGCCCUGUCCCUCUGCGGCCGGCGGGAGUGGGGGAAGCACGACUGCACACACCAGGAGGACGUCACCAUCACCUGCAGCCCCGAGCGUGUCGUCCACGGCAUUCCGGCCAGUGUGCCGCUCCGCCUCGUGGGUGGGGAGGCCCCGAAGGAGGGCCGGGUGGAGAUCUAUAUCGGCGGCCAGUGGGGCACCAUCUGCGACGAUGGGUGGACGGACAGGGACGCGGACGUGGUGUGCAGACAGCUGGGAUACACUGGCAUGGCGAAGGCCAGGACCAUGGCCUACUUUGGGGAGGGCCAAGGGCCCAUCCACGUGGACAACGUGAAGUGCACGGGGGCGGAGAGGUCACUGGCGGACUGCAUUAAGCAGCCAGUGGGAACGCACAACUGCCGGCACACAGAGGACGCCGGGGUGAUCUGUGACUACGGUCAGCACGACCGCUCGGACAGCUUCAAAGGCCCUGUUGCGUCAGCCUGUGGUUUACGGUUAGCACACAAUCGCCAGAAGAGAAUCAUAGGAGGACAGAAUUCCUUAAGGGGUGGGUGGCCCUGGCAAGCUGCCAUCCGUCUCAGGGGCUCCCAGGGUGACGGCAGACUGGUGUGUGGGGCAACGCUGGUCAGCAGCUGCUGGGUCCUCACCUCUGCCCACUGCUUUAAGAGGUACGGCAACAGCACAAAGACCUAUAAGGUGCGGGUUGGGGACUACCACACCCUGGUGCCUGAGGAGUUUGAGGCGGAGUACGGGGUGGAGGAGAUAGUCCCUCACAGCAGCUACAGGCCCCAUAGCAACGACUACGACCUGGCCCUGGUGCGCCUGUCCGGGCGGGACGGGCGAUGCGUGGCCCUCAGCCGCCAUGUCCUGCCAGCUUGCUUACCCCAGCGCAGGGAGAGGGUGCUGAAGGUGGCCUCCAACUGCUUCAUCACCGGCUGGGGGGACACAGGGCGGGCGUACUCCAAGACCCUCCAGCAAGCGCCCAUCUCCCUGCUGAACAAGCGGCACUGCGAGACGAGCUACCCGGGCCAGUUCACGGGGCGGAUGCUGUGCGCGGGCAACGGCCUGGACGAGAAGUGGGUGGACAGCUGCCGGGGGGACAGCGGGGGCCCGCUGGUGUGUGAGCGUCCCGGUGGGGCCUGGGUGGUGUACGGGGUGACCUCCUGGGGACACGCCUGCCGCCUCCAGGACUCGCCGGGGGUCUACACCAAAGUGUCGGCCUUCGUGCCCUGGAUCAGACGGGUGGCCGGACUUUGAGGCCCGUCCCGGAGCCCCUGCGGCGAUGGGGAGGGAGAGAGGGCCCACCGCCGAUGGGAGCCUAUCCGAAAACAGGCAUGGCGUUCUCCUUUUUGUUGGCGAAAGAGCCGUAAAAUACUCUCGCUCUUUUUCCUAUUUUUACUCAUUCACGUCAGCACUUCUCUGUUCGAAAGGGACCACUUUAUGUGUUAUUCUGAACUCUUGACAAAGGCACAGCAGGGACUCAGCCCCCCCUCUGGGUUACGAUACACACAGAGUAUCUAAUGGUACUCUGCCAUGCUCUCUUAAUUCCUGAUGUGAAAGUUACAAACUUUGCACUAAAAAUGUACAAUUCCAAACGAUCUCACCCUGUGUCACGCGGUGCACUGUUAGGGGUGUGCGAGGACUUGGGCAAUAAGGUAGGACUGCAGACAGGAGGGCUCCCUUCAAGUGUUCCAUCAUUGUCGAAUUAAUCCUUGUGUAGGACGUUGUCUUUCUGUUGUUUUAAGUGUAUUAAUUUAUGCUUUAUCAGUAUUGACUGUGAUGAUAUGGUGCUAUUACAGUAUGGUUUCUGCAUAUUUUUCCCGUGACAUGUAGUGCAAUACUUAUCUUCAGGGUAUUCUGAUUUUGAAUAUCCG